AUGGCGGCUUCCUCCUCCAACACAACCGUCCUCCUGCUCCUCAUCAUCGCCACGUCGGCUUCCCUCCUGUCCCUGGCCGCGGGCCGCGACUUCUCCAUCGUGGGCUACUCCUCCUCCGACCUCACCUCCACCGACAAGCUGGUCGACCUGUUCGAGUCCUGGAUGGAGAGACACUCCAGAAUCUACGAGACCAUCGAGGAGAAGCUCCUAAGGUUCGAGAUCUUCAAGGACAACCUCUUCCACAUCGACGACACCAACAAGAAGGCCGCCAACUACUGGCUCGGCCUCAACGAGUUCGCCGACCUCACCCACGAGGAGUUCAAGAACAACUACCUCAGCCUCAAGCCAGUCAACACGAGAAGGGACACGGUCAACGACUCCUCCUCCUCCUCUUUGUCAACGGUGGAGAUCAGGAGCAACAUUCCCAAGGCUGUGGACUGGAGGAAGAAGGGAGCGGUCACCCCCGUGAAGAACCAAGGGUCGUGCGGCAGCUGCUGGGCCUUAUCCACCAUCGCGGCCAUCGAAGGGAUCAACCAGAUCGUGACGGGGAACCUGACGGCGUUAUCGGAGCAGGAGCUCAUCGACUGCGACACGAGUUACAACAAUGGGUGUAACGGCGGUCUAAUGGACUACGCUUUCGCCUACAUCGCCUCCACCGGUGGGCUCCACAAGGAGGAGGAUUACCCUUACAUCAUGGAAGAAGGCACCUGCGAGAUGACCAAGGCGGAUGCUAAGGUGGUGACGAUUAGCGGGUACAAGGACGUGCCGGCCAACAACGAGCAGAGCCUGCUGAAGGCGCUGGCGAACCAGCCGCUGAGCGUGGCGAUUGACGCCUCCGGGAGGGACUUCCAGUUCUACAGUGGGGGUGUGUUCGACGGGCACUGCGGGACGAGCUUAGACCACGGGGUGGCGGCGGUCGGGUACGGGUCGGGCGAGAAGGGGCUGGACUACGUGAUCGUGAAGAACUCGUGGGGACCCAAGUGGGGGGAGAAGGGCUUCAUCCGGAUGAAGAGGAACACCAACAAGCCUGAGAGGAUGUGUGGGCUUUACAAGAUGGCUUCCUACCCUACCAAAUCCAAAUGA